AGGCAUAUUUCCCAUAGCACUUAAAGGCAACAAAAGUACCAGUGAGACGCAGUACGUACAGAUGUUUCCAGUUUGUCCUACCUCCUCCUUUCUCGGGAUGCCUGUGCUGGCUCUGGAGAAGAGGGCAAUGGACAUAAAUGGUUGCCCAGACUCUCACAUACUACAGAGAUCAUACAUUUUCUAGGACAAAUGGUGACGUCCUAAAAGCAGAGAUGCUUAAGAGAUCUCUAACUAUAUCACCCGCUGUUGAAUGUGCUAUUAAAGCCAGAAAAUGGUGAUGCUGAGGAGAAGGCGGUGCUACGUAAAAGGAGAUGUUAUGUGCACGAUGCUGCUACUGCUGCUCUUCUUCCUGUUACUCUAUGCGCGACAGGCCCUUUUGUCCUCUGGGUGGGACAAGCCAGCAUGGAGGCUGGAUAUUCUUCGUCCCACCAGCUCCAGUCGGACCCUGCUGGGAACAAACAGAGCCAAAGUGGCCCAGGGCGCCCCGGAGCUACCUCCCUGUGAACACAAGUCAAAACGCACUCAACCCAAGUCCAAAGCUCAGUCCAAAUCCAAAGCAAAGUCCAAGUCCCGACGGAAGGGCAUCACACCAACGAAGACGACCGGCGCUCCUCUGCCGACAUUGCCGCCGUUUGACUUUGUGGGUUACCUGAGAGAGAAGGACAACCGCAACUUUCGGCUGCUAAUAGAUCAACCACAGAAAUGUCAGCUGGGAGAGUCUGAAGGAGCUGGAGAAAGCCGUGAGCUCUACAUGCUCAUUGCAGUGAAAUCUGUCGCUGCAGAUUUUGACAAGCGGCAGGUGGUACGUAGGACCUGGGGUAAAGAAGGCAGGUCUAUCCGCACUGUCUUCCUGUUGGGGGUCCCUAAGAAUCGCACAGCCUUGCCUCUGUGGGAUCAGCUGCUGACCUACGAGAGUCAAACCUUUGGGGACAUUCUGCUGUGGGACUUUGAAGACACCUUUUUCAACUUGACGCUGAAAGAAACUCACUUUCUAGAAUGGAUCAACCGCACCUGUCCUCGAGUCAAGUUCGUCUUCAAAGGGGAUGCUGAUGUUUAUGUAAAUGUCGAGAACAUACUGGAGAUGCUUCAAAGUGAAAAGUCAAAUGAAGAUCUUUUUAUUGGGGAUAUAAUCGUCAACGCCAAACCCAUUCGGCGCCGCACUUCCAAGUACUACGUGCCAGAGUUUGUCUACGGUAGCGCUUUGUACCCAUCUUAUGCCGGGGGAGGGGGCUUCGUCAUGUCUGGCUAUACAGCACGGAGACUCAGCGCCUCCUGUCAACAAGUGGAGCUGUUCCCCAUCGAUGACGUGUUUCUGGGAAUGUGCCUCCAGCUGAUCGGAAUCAAGCCAUCGCGCCACCAAGGUUUUCGGACCUUUGGCAUUCCGCGUCCAUCAGCAGCGCCUCACCUCCAGACGUUCGACCCGUGUUUUUACCGGGAGCUCAUGGUGGUUCAUAGCCUCAAUGUGCCCCAGAUCUGGCUCAUGUGGAACUUGUUGCAUGACCCCAAACUGAGCUGUCACAACAGGUCCAGACUGACAUCAGGAUCCUUCAGGUGGAGAACAAGCGAUUUAAAAGGCGAGGAGGAGACUGACUAUGAAGAGAAGGGAGUGUUUGUCACACAUGAUUAAAAUCUGUAGGAAAGAUUUAGAAUAAAAUAAGACAGGCUUCGUGGCUAUCUUGAAAGGCCCGUGAUGCCAAGCACAGAUGCCCCACAUGACACCUCAUCCAAGUUGGCAGACGGGCAAAAUGAACUGAAAAUAGACAAACAUACUUCUG